AUGGCGCCCUAUUUUCUGGCCUUUUCCAAAGUGGCGUUGGCUAUCAUGCUGAAUAUAGGUGUUUGCGUGUGUCAGUGUCCGGACCAGAGCAUCGCCUUUAACCACGCGUGUUACGAGUUCUCCACGGCGGAGCUGGGGUACGCCGCCGCCCGGCUGUACUGUGCGGAGCGGAACGGGACCCUCGCCAUGCCCAGGACGGCGGCAGUGGACGCCUACAUCGUGGGGAUCCUGCAGUACUCAGGGUAUCAGAACGGCUACUGGAUUGGCAUAGAGCCAUCAGGCGUAGACGGUGCGCCGAUGUGGGCCGACGACACGCCUGUGUUUGGCGGUCUUUGCCAGUACUCAGCGUUUGCCGAAGGAGAACCCAACUUUCCCGGUCUGACCCUGUCCCGAAUGCCGCAACAGUGCGCAAUGAUCGGCACCGCCGCCGAGUCAGGCUUUCUGUGGGCAACUUCUACCUGCGCUUAUUCGAAGCGGUUCAUCUGCCAAUAUGGAGCUGGGGACCAAGAAGACUGUUCAGAUAUUGGCCUGGUCAGACCAGACGGGCGCUGCGGACCAGACUUCCCUGUGCUGCCAGGAGUUCCCGGAGUGUGUGACGUCAUCGGCCCGGCGCCAUGUUGUUCAGCUGACGGACGGUGUGGCGAUUCCGAACUCCACUGCGACUGUCCGGAUUGUGUCGACUACAGUCUUGUCUUAGUUCCCGACUGCCCUCCCGGGUACCACAAGUUAAAGGACACGUGCUACGGGGCGAGGCUGGAACUGGCCAACUACACACAGGCCGAGAGAGCAUGCGCAGAGGACGGCGGAACACUGGCCAUGCCCAAACACCUGAAGACCGACUUCUUUCUUAUAGGACUCAUGAUCAGGGCGGCUCCCGAAGGCGACUUUUGGAUCGGGAUAGACGAUCGGCGCUGGGAGUACAACCACAUGUUCGCUGACGGAACCAGGCUGGCUGAAUGUGCCUUCACUAAGUGGAGUGGUGUCGCUCCGAGGGACCGGGCUCACUUCCUGAACUGCGUCAUGUACCUUCCCGACGUCGGCUACUUCUGGCACGACAUGAGCUGCUGGGAAAGGAUGUACUUUCUAUGCCAGAUGGGUCCAGGGAUUACCGACGACUGUGAGGCUGACUGA